AUGGAGAAUGAGGCACUUACACUUACACUCUGGUGGCCCGACCAACCAGAAUCCCAUGGAAUUACCGUCUGUGAUGAGAUCACCAGUGAUUUCAUCAGCAAGCUCCCCGAUGCCAUCCUCGUAACCAUCAUCUCCCUCCUCCCCACCAAGGACGGUGGACGCAUGUCGGCCGUCUCCCCCAGAUGGUGCCACCUCUGGCGCUCCACACCCCUCAAUCUUGAGGUCCGCACCCCACCCUGUGGUUACCCCGUCUCCACCUCUGCCAUCACCCCCGCCGUCGUCUCCAAGAUAAUUUCCCAACACCCUGUCCCCAUCCGUCGAUUCUCCUUCCAGUGCUUCCUAGAAGGCGACUUAUACACACAGUUGGAGAGUUGGCUCCACUCCCAAGCCCUCGCCAACCUCCAAGAGCUCGAUAUCAACUACCAGUGCCCCCAUCAAUGUUCUGAGCCAAGAAACCCGCUGCCACCAUCCGUGUUCCGCUCUGCAUCCACUCUCCUCGUCGCCAAGUUCAGCUAUUGUGAUUUCCCUGAUGAGGUCUUGUCGUUCACGAACUUUCCCCUCCUCAAGCAACUCUCCUUGGUGGACAUUACCAUCUCAUGGGAGGUCUUCCAUAGACUGCUCUCUGGAUGCCAUGCCUUGGAGAGUUUUUACAUGUCCGAAGUUCGUGGCAAGGGAUGCCUUCGUGUUAGCUCACGGACUCUUAGAAGCAUUGGUGUACGAAAUGCCUUUAAAGAAAAAUUAGAGCUGGUGAUUGAGGAUGCCCCAUGCCUUGUAAGGGUACUAUUACCUUUUAGUUGCUACGAUGAUGAUUGUGUUACUAUGCGGGUAAUUUGGGCACCUAAACUGGAGAUAUUGGGCCCUUUGUUACCUGUAGCCUCAAAGCUCAUCGCCCAGGUAAUAAGCCCAGUUAUGUCAGCAAACUGGAUGCGCACCGUGAAGGUUUUUUGCCUUAGGUCUUCUGGCCUUGAAUUGAACGCAGUUCUUAACAUCCUUAGGUGGUUUCCUUAUCUGGAAAAGCUCUACAUCAUUUUUCAAAGACACAAUGAGAAGGAUAAGAAAAAUGACCCUCAAUAUGACCCUUUACAUCCAAUCGAAUGUCUUCAGACCCAUCUCAAAAAUGUGGUGUUUAAGUCAUUCGUAGGCUAUGAGAAACAGGUUAACUUUGCGAGGUUCUUUGUUUUGCAUGCAAAAGUGGAAAACAGAGCCUCUCGAGAUGCUCAGUUUGAAUUCAGGAGUAAACAUCGUCGUACUGAGUAUGAUGCACAUAUCCAUGAUUUGUCCGUGGCCGACCCCUUCGCACAGCCAUAG